AUAAUAUUAUGGAUGAGCAUCUUGGGAUGGAAGCAGAAAAACUUCGUAUAUCAGGUUACUAGAUUUCUCUAUAUCUCAUAGAUAAUAUGGAAAAUGAAGUCAUGGGGGAUCUGGAGAAAUAUUUUUAAUCUUCUCAUGCAAAUAGGAAGGAGCAGCAGUUGCCUGUGAUCCGAGUUUUCGAGGAUUCAUGCUCGGAUUUACCUCAAUCAGACCAACCCUUCGAAAAUCCAGGGGAAUCAAUUUUCGAUGAUUUGGGUCUUGAAAAACUCUAAAUUUAAUCUGUUCACAGUGAUGGAAGGGCAACCUCUUGGAGUCACACUGAUGACAACAAUUCUUUGAAUAAGCAAUAUUUGAAAAGACCCAGAACUAGACAACAAUUAAGCAGCAAAAUUGUGGAGAGCAAUCAGGAUCUGUUUAAUGUACACUAUGCUAAGAGUCUAUACACGAGCAAAAUCAGUUAAUUGGUUGAUAAAAAGAUUACAACAAAUCCAAAAUCAAAUCGAAUUUCGUAAUUUCGUAUACAUUAAUAUUAUAGGAAAAGUCAAUAGAAGAUAAAACGAAAGUCAUCGCAUUAGCUAAUUGAAACUUCGGAUCAAUCUGAAUAGAAAAGUUCACUCCAAUCAGGAGGGGAGAUGUCAGAGGACAGAUUAGCGAAAAAUAGAGUUGCGGCUCGAAAUUCAAGAGCAAGAAAGAGGUUGUAUUUUGAGCUGUUGGAAAACAAAGUGAAGGAUUUGCAAGACGAAAUUGAUAGGUUGAAUGAGUUAUGUUAGAAUUAGGCCAAACAAAUAUAAAAAUAUAGAGAAUGUUAGGAAAAAGUAGGAAUAUUUAAAAAUUAUUAAAGUAUUAGUUCUCCUUUGAGACCCAGAAAAAAUUGAUUGAACAAUUGGAGGUUUGUUAAAUCAAGGAUUAAGAUUUAGAUUCAACCAAAUUUGUUUUAGAAUAAAUGCAGGAGUGCUAAUUAAAUUCUGAUAAGAAUAUGGUUGGGAACCAAUACAUAGAAAAUCUAUUGGAGAUUCUGUUACCCAUAGAAUUAAAAUACAUUGUCUACAGUUAUGAUCAAAAUAAGGAUUUGAUAUCCGAUUUUUAGGGGUAUUUAGAUUUCAGUAUAUAUUUAGUUCGUUUUUGGAAUGGACCAAAGAGACAUUUUAGCUAAUGGACAUAAAACAGGAGUAAUUUAGAAAGAUUAGGAAACACAAGGAGAAGUUAAAUUGUGUCAAAAAAACCAUAACAAGGUAGUAAUGUCUUUUUUAUUGUUAAUUUUAGUUGCAUAAAUAAUUUGUACACUUCAGUGAAGAUGAUAAUUGGUGAGGCUUAAAAGGUCGAUUCUAUUUGGAAGUCCAUUUAUGAGACAUUGGAACCAUUGUAAUUGAGAUCUUUGUUUUUGACUAUUUAUCAAGUAUAAGUGAGCAUAGAUUAAUUUUAGAAUUAACAUAGAUCUGUUUUCGAUUGUAGUAAUCUAUUUAGUGAUUGUAAAUAUUUCAAACAAAAUCCAUAGGUAUUAAAUUUACAUAUAUUUUAGAGUUAAACUGAUUCAAACUGUUAACGGCCUGCAAAUCUAAGAUAAUAUGUGAAAAAAAAUAAUUGA